AUGGGUACGAAGGACGCCUUCUUCGACUUGGGGCCGAGCGGCGACUUGAAGCACGUGCGUGGCUUCAAUGGGGCGCUGCAAGACGUCAAGGGCCGGGGCACGGUUGCGCUGCAAGGGGAGGCCGGGAAGCGGGUGCUGAUUCCCGACGUGCUGUUCGUCCCCGGCGUGCACGCAAACUUGCUGUCGUCCGAACAGCUGAAGGAGAACGGUGUGAAGCUGCAGGACGACGGCGACGGGAUGCUGCUCGUCUCGGCGACGGGCGACGUGCUUGGUCGAGCAACGUAUUCCAGCCGGGUCCUUUGCACCGACUCGCGUCCCUGCACGGCGACGAACGCAGACGAUGUGGUGGCUUUGCGGGCGAUCGUCUCAGCGACAAAGUCGACGCCGGAUAGGCUGCAUGCGAGGCUUGCACACGUCGGCAUGGACACCAUCCUGCGCUCGGCGAAGCACGAGGUCGCCACUGGGCUGGACCUCAAGUCGACGACUGGCGCCGACUCACCGUGUGUUUCGUGCGUCGGCGGGAAGCUGGCGCGGCACACCUUCCCCGACCAGGGCUCCGACGCCGACGACGUGCUGGCUGUCGUGCACAUCGACCUGUGCGGGCCAUUCCGUGUGGUUGACAAGGACGGCAGCCUAUACUUCUUGCUGCUGAAGGACCGUAAGUCCCGCUAUAUGUGGGUGAGGCCGGUUGCCAAGAAGUCGGAUGCGGUGCUGGAGUUUCAGAAGUGGCUGGUGCUGGUGGAGCGGCAGACGAAGAGGUCGGUGUUGCAGCUGCGCUCUGACCGAGGAGGGGAGUUCCUCGGCAAGGCGUUCACCGCCUUCGUGGACGGAAAGGGGAUCGUCCACGACCUGACCUGCCCUUACACCCCGCAGCAGAACGACAUGGCGGAGCGGGAGAUGAGGCCGGUUGUGGAGUCGGUGCGGACGAUGCUGCUGCACAUGGGCGUGCAGCACCAUUGGUGGCACCUCGCUCUGCGGCAAGCCGUCUGGGUCCGCAACUGCCUGGAGCGGUCGGCGACGCCGGGGACAACGCCGUACCAGCUGCUGACCGGGACAAAGCCCGACCUAUCGCUGGCGCGCAUGUGGGGCUGCAUGGCGCAGUUCCUCGUCCCCGAGCAGCAGCGUGGUGGGAAGCUGAAGCCGAAGGCCAAGUGGGGCCUUCAUCUCGGCGUGUCGGAGGAGAGCAAGGGCUGGGAGCUCCUCGACAUCGCCGACAACCGGGUGGUCACCACGUCGGACGUGGUGUUCUACGAGACCAUGUCGCUCGAGGUGUGGAAGUCGGAGCAUGGGCCGGUGUCAGGGCGGACGCUGGUGGCCACGCCGACGGAUACCUCGACGGCACCGCUCCCCCUGCUUGCCGAGGUCGGCCAGCUUGAAGACGAGGACGCCGAGGUCGUCCACCCUUCCUCCCCUUCCCCUGCCCCUCCCCUCGUCGCCGACCUGCGUGGGCUGACUCCGGCGUCGGCCUCCGGCGAUGAGGGGAGCAGUGGGGCGUCGCCUGUGGCGCCGACCAAGGGCAUCGCCAGUGGCCGACGGGAUGAGCAGCAAGUCGACGAGCAGCAAGUCGACAUGGGAUUGUGGGAGUGA